CCCCAGAAAUAAAUUAUCAAAACAAAAUGGCCACACUGACGCGCAUCGCCGUAACUCUUCCAAAAACCAAAGUCCCGACUAAACAGAACGUCAGAGAUAUCGUCGGCACAUUCUUGGCUGAAGAAUGGCCAUCUAUCGACCCAGAGACUCUGACAGUCUCAUAUCAUGCAUCCUUUGCCAACGCGCACUGUACCGUGGAGCGACCGAGCCCGGCUACGGGCACAUCGACUGAGCCUUUGAAGGUGUUUAUCAAAUUCCACACUGCCGCGGGGGGAAGACUUGAGAUCUUCAAGCCCUUGGCUCCGACUAGGCAUGAGGAGGCGCUUUUCUCUUAUGAGUAUGGUCAAACGGGGUUGGGAGCUAGAGUUUAUGGAUUCUUUGAAACAGAAGAUGGGACGCUGGGUAGGGUUGAGGAGUUCUUGAACGCACGGAAUAUGGAGCCGGAGGAUGUUGAGGAUGAGAUUGUCCGGGCGGAUAUUGCGAAAGGGCUGGCGAUUUUCCAUUGCUUGGAGACUUCGCUGGAGAAGAAGCCUGUUAAUGCAUACUAUGAGGCUGUCAUUAAUGGGCUUGGGAAUUAUCAUAGGAUGGAUAAGUUGAAGAUACUUGGGAGGGAAGGAGGUGUUGAUAUUGAUAAACUGGUUGAUUACGACUUUGGGAGAAGACUGCGGAAUGCGGUCGACAAGCUGGAAUCAACAGGAGGAAAGACAGGAUGGUGUAUCCAUGACGUCCAAUUCAUGAACGUGAUGGUGAAGAAUGACCCAAAGGAAGGGGAGAGCACAGUCACCCUCAUUGACUUUGAGUUCGUGAUGCAGAACUACCGAGCGUUUGACAUCGGAGGGCACUUCAUGCAGAAGAUGUUCAAGUGGUUUGACGCAGAGAGCAGGAUAGCAGACUGCAGGGAGUAUACCACCGAGGAGAAGAGACAUUUCUGUGACGAGUAUGCGAGGCAGUGGAACAGGCUGACAGGUGAUUCUGAUACUGGGGAUCAGGUAUUCCUUGAGUCUGAAUAUGGAUACUUGUUGGCCAUCACUUUCGAUAUCCAUAACAUGCUUUGCUUCAUGCAUGAACAAGGUGACAAAGAUCCUUUGAAUCUGCGGGGACUGAACAAGCUAUUCGAUGACUUUGUGGAUCAGUAUGCCCGGCUGAAUUUAGAAUAGUCAUAAAUACUCGAUAUGUUAUUUAACGAUUUUGAUGGUUUACACGAAGAUGGUGGUUAUUGG